AUGAAAAAAAACAUUGGAAAAUUAAAACAGUGGGCCAAUGAGAAGGUCGGUGCUUCUCAGAAGACGCAGACCACAGAUGAAUUUCAAGAAUUGCAACACAAAACUGAUGCAAGGCACAUUGGCGUCGAUAAACUCAUAUUUGCGGUGAGCAGCUAUUUGAAGGCCAUGUCAAAAAAGGUGGCGUCCAUAGAAGAGAAAACAAAAGCAUUACCUACCGAAUCUUUAGGUAUUGCUAUGAGAGUUUAUGGUGAAGAUCUAGGUUCUGAUUCUCCUUAUGGAGAGGCUUUGGUCAAACUCGGCAUUGCCAAUGAAAAGAUUGCAAGUUGUCAAUUGGAACAUGUAUCAAAAGUUCGUGAAGAUUUUCUUGAAAGUUUAGAUGCUUCUAUUGAAGAUUUAAAACAAUAUCAAAAUAUGAAAAGAAAAUUAGAGUCUCGUAGACUCAAUUACGACGCAAAAUUAAGUAAAAUGCAAAAAUCAAAAAAGGAAAAACCAGAACUAGAAGAAGAAAUGCGUGCCGCUAAAGAAAAAUAUGAAGAUACAAAAGAAGAGCUUAAUAAAAAGAUGGUUACAAUAAACGAAUCUGAAGAUCAAUACAUACAAGAAUUAACUGCAUUUUUAGACUCACAAAUAGAAUAUUUUAAAAAUAGUUGCGACAUUUUAUCAACUUUGAGAAAGGAUUGGGUUCAAAAAGGCGUUUCAACGACAGCAACUCGGCGUACCCGAACCUCGCAAAAAAAUAAAAAAUCUAAUAAUUCUCAAUCAGAUGAACCUGAUGAUCAAAAUUCUGACAAUGAAAGUUCUCAUUCACAAUCGAGUGGUUCUUUUACACAAAAAAAACAGGUAAAAGCUUUAUAUAGUUAUGAAGGUGAUGGUGAAGACGAACUUGCGAUGGAGGAAGGUGAUAUUAUCACCGUUUUAGAAGAGCAUGAAGGUUGGUGGGUUGGAGAAAUUAUUGAUGACGAUGGUACUCGUCGAAGUGGUAUGUUUCCUGCAAAUUAUACCGAAGAAAUACCUGCAAAACCAUCACGUAGAGUGUCAAGUUCAGUUAAAAAAUCUUCGCAUGAAGAUUAUCAAAAUGAUGAACAAAUAUAUGAAGAACCUAGUCAGCUUGAAGACCUUGAAGAUGAUGAAUCAAGUGAAGAACCACUACAAAAGAAAACACCAUCGCGUAAUAAUUAUUACAGUGUGCCACCCCGCAAAACUUCAUCAAGAUCUUCAACACGUUCAAGCACUUCAUCCGGAAUACCACCUAUUCCAUCUCGCAAUUCAAAACCUCCACCUUCCCGCAGUUCUGUAUCUCGUCAAAAAACAACAGAUUAUUCAUCAGCUGCAGCUAGUAUUUCUCGGACUAGUACCCCACCGAACACUAGUACAUCAAGAAAUUCAUAUAUCCCUCAAGAAUUUUUUGGAAAAAAUAGAGCUUCUGCUAGUGAAGUUGAACCAUGCGCAGAAUGUGGUUGUGAUGAUUUCCAACCUAAUGUGUUUAAAAAGAACAAUUGUAAUAAUUGUUUUCAUAAACAUUAA